AUGAACAUAACUUCUUAUACAUCUGCAAAAAACAGCGUUGCGGCAAGCAACCCAGGAGCACCGCUUUCAUGGGACAGCCAGAUCGCUUCACGGAUGCUCAGGAUAUUUUGUCACCAACACGACCCACCACUGCACACUGUCCGCCGUCGUGCUUCCAGGAUACCCUCUACAUCUCGCCAGUACAGCUCGUCGUCGUCAAAACCAAUACUGGCAGAUCAUGACAUACCACACCGCCACGAAGAACCCUUUCACCAGGAACACUCAUCUUCAGCAACCACGACCAAGAACAUCAUACCAGAGCGGAGUAAACUCUCGAUCACAAGCUUCCUUGCACCUCCAGGAUCAGAGAAACACAGCAACGCCUACGAAACCAUUGCCGACAGCUUUUUCAAGGGAUCAAAACCUGACAGGGCAGCAGCAGCAAAACCAUUCAUCAUCUUGGACCAAAAAAAACGACUCGGAUCCGAUCCUGUCGCGCCCAUGGUCAUGCUGAACGAUGCCAUCAACUCAAGGAAUGCCAAACAGAUCUGGCACACAUAUACCCGACUAAAGAGCAAGGCGACCUCAUCAGCAUCCCGACGAUCUCCUUUCAACUCUUCGCUCUACAAUCGGAUGCUGCUCUGUUUCCAGGCAACCAAGACGGGCGAGGCGGCAAGGUGGGCGCGGGCCAUCUUUGACGACAUGACGGAGCACUUUUCACCUAAAGUCAAGACCCUCAACAUCAUGCUGGAUAUUUUGACCCGCCACCACGAUCUGAAGGACGCGAUCGAUUUUUUUGAGCAUAAUGCGGCUCGCUACAACCUGACGGCCAAUCUCCAGAGUUACAAUGUCAUGAUCAGAGGACUCGGACACAGUGGACAGAUGGAGGCAGCACGCAAGAUCUACGACGACAUGCGGGCAGGAGUCAUCCCUCUGAAGCCAGAUGUGGUGACCUACUCGACGCUGAUGAGCCAGUAUGCCAGGAAGGGUUUGCAGACGGAGGCGGAUGCGGUCCUAGACGAGAUGUUCAAGGAUAAGGUGCAGCCCAACAUAUGGAUCUUCAACUCUGUCAUCGAGCGGUUCGUUCGCAGAAAGGACUAUGUAGGAGCCAAGAGGACCAUGGCGCUGAUGAAGAACUCGAACGUCCAGCCGGAUGUCGUCACCUACUCCACCCUGAUCGAUGGCUAUGCGAGAGAUGGAGACGAGGAGGCGAUUGCAAGGAUCCAGGCUGAUAUGGCGACCAACAAAGUCUAUCCGAACGCUAGGACGAUCACCAGCACGAUCAAGGUCUUCGCUCGUGCCAACCUGGAUAAGGAUAUUGACGCACAGCUGGCGGGGCUUUUGAGGUCGUUGCCGACAGGAGAGAUGAACGAGCUCACGUUUGGAGUCCUGGUGGAUGUUUAUGGGAAGCGGAAGGAUCUCGACGCCGCCAUGGGAAUCUACGACCACAUUAUUUCCAAGGGGCGGCCCGUCAACGAUGUGAUUGUCAACACGCUCCUGGACGGAUAUGUGAACGCCAACCAGAUUCCAGCUGCCAACAAGAUCUUUCACGAGCAUUUUACGGCCCGCGGAGUCCGGCCUUCUUCUUCGUGGUCGUACAACAUCAUGAUCUCGGGAUGCUGCAAAGAAGGCCGUCUGCAGGAUGCGCUUCACUAUUACCACCAGAUGAACAAGUUUGGGAUCGCGCCGGAUUCUAUUGUCUGCUCUCGGAUGAUCCAGCUCUACCUCCAACACCACCAGCUCGACAACGCCCAGCAGAUGAUGCGGCUGAUGCGCAACGCCAAGAUGAUGAUCCCGGUCCAGACGUUUACGAUGCUCAUGGACUACCUUUCCAACGUUCGCGAUGUCCGAGGCGCGCUGCGGUACUAUCAAGAGAUGCUGGAUUCCGGUAUCAAGGCCGAUGUGCAUUGUUACACCGUCCUCAUCAACGCACAGAUUCGAGCCAAGAACUUUGCAGGAUGCGACCAAGCAUUCCAACAGAUGACUAAGGUGGGAGUCAAGCCAAACCUGCACAUCUUUACAUCGAUGAUUCAUGCCCAUUCACUUCAGAACAACACGGAGCGGGUCAAGGAGUAUUGGGAGGCGAUCAACUAUUCGGGAUUGCUGCCCGAUAUCAAAGCGUUCACGGCUCUGAUGCAGCAUUACGGACAGCAGAGCAAUGUCGAAAUGGUGGAACAUAUCUUCAAGGAGAUUGACCGGAGGCGGCUCAAGGUCGAUGCUAUUAUGCUGAUGACCAUGAUCAGCGCGUACAGUUCGUUGCCGAGGUUGAAUCUGGGUCGUAUUGAAGAGAUCUCGGGCAUGCUGGAGGAGCGGGAGCUGGAGCCCAAUGGGGAGUACUUUAGAGUGCUUCUGGAUACGUAUGGUCGCCAUUGUUUGCCGGAUCGCGUGAUCAAGACAUGGAAGCAGGCGAAGAGUCAGGACAAGCCUUUGAACUGGGUUCCAUCGACUAGCAAUCUGUUGCAUUUGAUCGAGGCAUGUCGUGAUCGCGGGUACAUGGACACGCUCCACGCCAUCUGGCAAUCCGCCACCACCGUUGCCACUCCUAGCCCAGACAGCAUUCAACAGGACCCGACUCUUCAUGCCUCCGGGAUUCGUCCCGAGUCGGGCACUCUUCCACAUGAUUCCCAUCAACAGGACGAUCCUCUCAUCGCCACAAGCGGAGUAGCAACAGCAACACUAGAAAGGGGAGCGGGAACGGGAAUGAGAACGGGGAGAGGAAGGUUGAUUUGUCCCGCGCCCGAGGUGUUCACAGCAUAUUUGAACGCACUCUUGACACACAACCGAUUCAACGAGAUUGAGCGACUGUUGGAGGAUGAAACGCGAGAGAUGAGGCUGAUGCCCCGUUCUGAGGAUUUCGAGUUGUUGUUUACGAGUCUGGCGCAAUAUGGGUUCCUGAAGAAUGAGCUUGAGACCAUCCGCGGGAUUGUUGUCCGUCGCUGGCCGAACUUUGAGCCUCUGGUCGACAAGAUCAUUUCCCACACCCGGACGAUCUAA